UGCCUCCUGGGCUGGCUAGGGCUGGGGGUGUUGUGUUGGCAGCUGUUUGGGGUGCAUCAGUGAUGCCCUGAAGGUAUGAGUAGCUGAUGCAUGAAGCAGAAGCUUCUGGACUAAUUUCUGUUGAAGUCAAGGGCAGGGGAGGUAUGGGGGCAUUUUCUAAAAGCAACCUUUCCUGGCUGUGUUCCCACAGAGAAGCUGGGGAGAAGUCUGUUUGGUAGCACCUGCUUCCCCUCUGUCCUUCAGCAGCAGCUGCUGGAAUGAGCUGCCUUCGUCACCUGGCUGUGGCUGUGUCUUUCCCUCCCCUUCUGCUUGUAAAACUCUCACUCUGGGGUGGGAGCAGGGGAAGGUGUCACAGACCAAGGCUUUGCUCUAAGAAAACUGGACGUUUCUUGGAGUAAAAUGCUUGUCCUGCUUAGUUUGCUCAUUCAGAAGACACAGACUGGCACUGUUGGCCAGCGAGGGGAGCGGGGCUGGCUGGGAACCAGCUCUGUGCAGCCAGAGAGGUGCUGCUGGUGACUGUGGUGCUUCUUCACAGCAGCCCUGGCCCCUGCAGAAGGUCUUGGCUGGGUGAGCUCUAACGUGGGCGAGUCAGACCAGCUCCUGCUCUGCUCGAGAUCACCUUGAGGAGCAGAGCCUGUGCCGUGCUCCUCCUGACACCAGUGCUGCUGCGGAGCAGUUAAUGAUUACCUUUUCCACCUCAAGUCCCCGUUCCUGCCCUGCCCCGGCAGGAGGGAGCGCUGGAGGCUGGAGAGCAGGAUGCUGCUGCUGGUGCUCCUGGCGCUGUUGCUGGGCCCUGCCGGCUGCCCCAAGACAGAGCCCCUGAGCGGGUCUGGCCAGGAGCCCCUCUUCCGUGGGGCGGAUCGCUACGACUUUGCCAUCGUCAUCCCCGCUGGCGCUGUGGAGUGCUUCUGGCAGUUUGCACACCAGAGCGGCAACUUCUUCUUCAGCUACGAGGUCCAGCGGGCGACAGGCAUCGCCAACAGCAGGAACAUCCUGGCCACGGCCAGUGACCCCAAGGGCUUCCAGCUUGGUAUUUCCCAGGACGUGCGAGGACAGAUCAACUUCCUCACCAAGGAGACAGGUUUCUACCAGCUGUGCCUGGACAACCAGCAAAGCCACUUUGGCUUCAUGCAGGUGUAUCUCAACUUUGGUGUCUACUAUGAAGGCUUCGACACAGAAAACAAGCAGCCAGAAGAGAAGAAAGAGCUGAACAACACCCUGGAGGCAAUUGAGGUCAGCAUCCAGAAGCUGCAGCUCCAGACCUUCCACAUGUGGCGGUUCUACAACUUUGCCCGGAUGCGGAAAGGGUCUGACUCCUUCCUCUUGGAGUCCAACUACAACUACGUCAACUGGUGGUCAAUGGCUCAGAGCUGCAUCAUUGUCCUCUCUGGGGUCCUGCAGCUCUACUUCUUGAAGCGUCUUUUCAAUGUGGAAACCUCCAGCAGGCAGAAGUGCUAGCACCACCCAAAAUUGUGGGCAGGACCACAGCCCAGCCUGCUGCUUCCUGCAGUGCUUGGGAACAGAGCUGCCACUCUGCCCCUCUGCAGAGCUGGAGAGAAGGCCAGAUCCUGCUUCCAGGAGGAGGAUGGAGAGUUCAUCCUUCUGCUCCUGCCUCUAGCUCUAGCCUUGCCUUGGCUGAAAUCACCCUGACAAAAGAAAAGUGUGACGCAGUCGCUGGAGCUUUGUGUGCUGGGUUGGUUUGUUACAGCUCUGCCCAUCUUUGGUGUCCCAGUGUGCCUUUUCUACCAGCCACUCAAUAAAGGAAC